CAUAUUCAACCAAGGAAAAAAAGAAUAUGAAGAUCUCUUCUCACACCUUAGUAUUCGUGACAAUAGCACUUGUUUUAGCUUUUGCAGUUCCUCUGAAAGCCCAAGACGGUCAACAAGAUUACCUUAAUGUGCACAAUCGUGCUCGCAGUGAUGUUGGUGUGAGUUCGAUAAGAUGGAAUGCUAAUGUGGCGGACUACGCCCGACGAUAUGCUCAGCGAAGGCGACGAGACUGUCGUCUCACUAAAUCAGGCGGGCCUUACGGCGAAAACUUGGCAGGAAGCAGUGGUAAUCUGUCCGGAGCUGCCGCAGUGAGGAUGUGGGUCAACGAGAAGGACGACUACAACAACAAUUCGAACACUUGUCGUUCCGGAAAAAGAUGUGAUCGCUAUAAGCAAGUUGUGUGGAGAAACUCGGUGCGGGUUGGAUGUGCCAAAGCCAGGUGUGACAAUGGUGGAACUUUCAUCAUUUGCUGCUAUGAUCCUCCUGGUAAUAUCGGGGGCGGUAGGCCUUUCUAAGAAUAUAUGUACGCAGAUGAAUAAAACAUGUCCAUAGAGGACGUACUUGUGUGUGUUUUUAUCUUUCAAAUAAUGAUUAUCAUCUACCAGAAUAUGGUGAUUACUUAACGUUCGGGUGUUUAUGGUUUGUAUAAUAUAUAUUUUGUAAUGGAAUAAUACAUUUAUAUAUAGUUGUUUUAUACGUACAA